AUGUCUGGCCGCGUCGGCGAAAGCAGCAGCCGCCGCCGCCGCACCGCGGCGAAGCCCCCGCGCUACGACCGCAGCAUCACCGUCUUCUCCCCCGAGGGCCGCGUCUUCCAAGUCGACUACGCCCGCAACUCCGUGAAGCUGGAGGGGAUCACCUCCGUCGCCGUGCGCGGCGCCGACUCCGUCUGCGUCAUCACCCAGCGGACCAAGGCACCGGCGGACCCGUUGCUGGACACAGCGGACCCCGCCUUCAUGCACCUGUUCCAGAUCACCGAGCGGCUUGGUAUGCUGGCCACGGGAAUGCCAGCUGACGGGAGAGCAUUAGCUCAGCAGGCAAGGAACGAAGCUGCAGGGUUCCGUCACAAGUGGGGAUAUGAAAUGCCUCCUAAGAUGUUGGCGCAAUGGUUGGGAGACAGAGCACAAGUUCGCACCCAGCAUGCUGGCAUGAGACCUUACAGAGUUGUUGCUACGGUCGUGGGAAUUGAUGAAGAGAAAGGAACUCCAGAUCUCUUUACAUGUGAUCCUGCUGGACAAGUCCUUGGCCACAAGGCAACCAGCGUAGGUCUCAAGGACCAGGAAGCUAUCGAGUUUCUCGAGGAAGCAAUGGCGGCCAAUUCUUCUUUAUCAUUCCAGGAAACCAUGGAGAUGGCAGUGUCUGCACUGCGACACGUCCUGGAGGAUAAUAGCCAAGGCCAUGACAUCGAGGUGGGAGUUGUCAGGAAGAAUUAUCCGAUCUUCAGAACGGUGUUGAGGCGCAUCUACAAAAAUCCGCUUGCAGGGCAGAGCAUCCUGGAUGGAGAAGGCCAGUAAUAUGCGAAUUUGUCAUGAGAUUGAUAGGACUGCAAUUUCUCCUAGUCGGUAGCGUUUUAGCGUGGGGUCUCAUUUCAAUCAGGCAGCCACAAAAGUCAGAACACACCUGCUCAACCGUCGGUCAUUUGAGUCUUUUACACUGAACUUCAAACCAUAACUGAUAGCAGUACUAUCUGACUGCUUAGGGCAUCUUCAAUGGUUGUAACUUGUAAGAUAGUUGUUGGUAG